UCCAGGAAGAGCGAGAACAACAGUGGGUGUGACCAGCAACCAAAGAGGUGAGGAGGGAGAUCUGCCAACAGCUUCAACAUGGAUGAAAUGUACCUGCUUAAUGUGGAAGGAGUCAAGAAAAAGAUUUUACAUGGAGGCCGAGGGGAGCUGCCGCAAUUCAAAGAUGGGAGCAAGCUCACAUUCCACUUUCAGACGCUAAAAGACGACUUUGAGCGCACGGUGAUAGACGACAGCCGACAGGCUGGCAUCCCCAUGGAGAUCAUCGUGGGGAAACUGUUCAAAAUCGAGGUGUGGGAGACCUUGCUAACCUCCAUGAGGAUCGGAGAAGUGGCAGAGUUCUGGUGUGACGCUAUUCACACAGGCAUGUACGCACUGGUCUCCAAGGGCAUGAGGAGGAUUGCGGAGGGCAAGGACCCCUUGGAGGGGCAGAAGCACCGCUGUGGGAUGGGGAACAUGUUCGACUACCACAGCACGGGUUAUGUGGACCUGGAUGAGCUACAGAGGGCCCCCCAGCCUCUCAUCUUCAUCAUGGAGCUUUUCAAAGUGGACGACCCCUCAUCCUAUAAGCGGGACACAUGGGCCAUGAACAAAGAGGAGAAACUGUCGGCAGUGCCCGUAUUGCACAGCGAGGGCAACCGGCUGGUCCUGCUCAAGAGGUACCAGGAAGCAGCAGCGAAGUAUCAGGAAGCAGUCAUCUGCCUGCGGAACGUCCAGGCCAAGGAGAAGCCCUGGGCUGAAGACUGGCUGAGCCUGGAGAAACUCAUCACGCCCCUUGUGCUGAAUUACUGCCAGUGCCAGCUGGAGCUGGGGGAAUACUAUGAGGUCUUAGAGCACACCACCGACCUCCUCCAGAAGAACAAUGAGAACGUGAAGGCUUACUUCAAGCGCGCAAAGGCCCAUGCUGCUGUCUGGAACGAGAAGGAGGCACGAGAAGACUUCCUGAGGGUGGCUCAACUGGACCCGUCACUGGGAGCGGCUGUGAAGAAAGAGCUGAGGCUGUUGGGGGAGAGGAUGAGAGAAAAACAUGUGGAAGAUCGGCAGAGAUACCAGGGCCUCUUCCAGCAGCCUCAGCUCAAAGGGGCAACAGAAGGGAAGGGGCAGUUGGGAGGAGAUGGGAAUGCUGGAGCUGGCAAGCAGGAGGGAGGAAAUUCUGGGGAAGGUAGGGAGGAGACAGGACUGGGAACAGAGAGCUCCACAGGCAAGGAGGAAGAACAAGACCAAGGAAUUGCUAGAGCAGAGGGGGGUACGAGAGAGGCAGGACUUGGAGAAGAGAACACACACGCAAAGAGGGAACAAGGCCUGGGGGAGUCUGGGGCAGAGACAGGACCUGGGGAAGAGAGUGCCAGAGCAGAGAGGGAAGAGCCAGGGGAAGGAACAGACCAAGGGAAUUGGAAUUCUGGGGUUGAUGGAGCAGGGGGAGGACAAGGAAACUCGGAGACAGGCCUUGGAGAAGGAUUUUCCAGAGCAGAGAGGGAAAGAGCAAGCCAAGGUGAUUGUGCGGCAGAAAGUCAUAGCGUUCAUGGCCAGAAGGGACCACUAGAGAGAGGACUUGGAGAAGAGAAUGCCAGGGAGAGUCAUGGGGCAGGAGCCAGAGAAAGGAGCUCAGAGGCAGAUAAAGAAUGGGGAGGGAGAGCAGGAGGUUGCUCCAGCACUAAAGCAGCAGAGCAGAGCUUGGGGGAAGGGGUUGGACCUGGGGCAGAGAACAGCAGGACACUUUGAGAUGAAUGUUGAGAAAUACAAGAUGCUUCCUUGCUAACACACUGGAGGGAGGUCAGCACUGAGGGACAAUGCUGCCGUUCACUAGGGCUGCCUAGGCAGGCAAAGAGAGGUGGGCAAAGGGUCCCAGCCACUAUCAGUGUAGUGCAGGACAGCAGAGAGCCCAGGAAGGGAAAUUCAAUACAGGGGGCCCAGGGACAGGCUGAAAUAGUGGGGGACUAGCAGGUCCAGCUGGGCUGCUCUGUGAGUAGUUAGACUCUGGCCUGAACAAAGAGCUCUGGCUCAGUGAAAGGUAACUGGGUAUUGUCUGGAGCUCUUUGCCAUCUGUAUGGUGCAGGCUUCCUCCCAAACCCUGUCACUGUUGAGCCACCAAUGAAAGCAGGAUCUGACCACAUAACCUCACUCAAAAGUGCAGGAGCCAAGGCUGCCAACUUCAUCUUCGUGAAUCGGACUGAUGCCUCAUGCACCUGCUCUCCCAGCCCGCCCUGUGCUCGGUGCUAGAGCCCGCGCUCACCUUGUGCUGGGUCAGCAGUG